GACGAGUUCAUUUUCACUUUCCAGACAGAAGGGGGAGAAUUGUCAACUUUUUAUGGAUCUCGUUAGUUUUUUAGAUCCAGUUAAGCUGUCUAGGCCGCCGCACUCAGCUCUCUGCGUCGUCGUCUCCCUGGCGUGCCUUCGAUUUGACGUGAACGUUAGGCCCGAAUGUUGCGCCGACCGCUCAUCAAUGCUUGCCGAGGCACGUCCCAAUUUUAAUUGCCGCAUUCGUCGUGAUCGCGGGGCCGAGGCCCAGACAGUGGACGGCCUUGCUGCUCCGUCUGCUGUGUAAUGUUGCCGCCCGUUCGGAUGGUCAUUGUCUGGAAUUACAUCGGAUCAGCGAGGUGCUGACAAUGGCCAUUUUUCUCUGAAAAUCCCAGUCAUGGCAACGACGAUCACCACCGUGUUCUUGCUGGCCCUGUUCGUCUGCAAGGCUGCUCUUGGUCAUGAUGAGCCGCUGCAGUGUGCUUUUAGGAAUACAACCAGCCAGUUUACAAACUCUUCUUCACUUGAGGUACCAGAAAGCGGCACCAUCACAUGUCCGAAUGAAAAAGAAAGCCAAUUUUGUUUCACACUUUGGACUGAAAACGAAGACGGAAAUCAAAUCAUCAUUAGUCAGGGUUGUUGGGAAAUGUCAGGGCAGCGCGAGUGCGAGACUUCCAACUGCACUGCCCACCAAAAAAAGGCUUCAACUUUAUUUUGCUGCUGCUACGGGAACCUUUGCAACGUGAACUUGACCAACGGUUACGUGCCGCCUCCCACUAUCAUCGCGGACGAUCCUCCUCUCGGCUUAGCUCCGAGCACGCCCGAGCAGCUCAAAGGGCACGUGAAGAUGAUUUUGGAUGUUGCCAUAGCCACCGGAGCGAUUUUAAUUGUGAUAUUGGUCGUGGCCAUCCUCGCCAGUCUGAUCCGAAAGAAGGACCCGAUGUCCGGCUCGACCGCUGACCCAAACGCCAUGGAAAACGGCAGUGAGACCUCGUCGUUUAUAGGUUACAGCGCCGAACAUCUGAAACUCAUUGAAGUGAUUGGUCAAGGACGGUACGGAUGCGUCUGGCGAGCCACUCUACGAGAUAAAGAAGUUGCUGUGAAGAUUUUCCCCGGCCAUUAUCGCAACUUUUUCAUCAACGAAAGAGACAUUUAUUCUUUAUCUUUCAUGGAGCACCCUGCACUUCUCACAUAUUUUGGCUGUGAUGAGAGACCAGGUCCUGAAGGAGGCACUGAACUGAUGCUUGUGUUAUCAUACGCCCCCCUUGGAUGCCUGCAAGACUAUUUGCGCAAAUCUUCUAUUGAUUGGACAACUUUCUGCCGAAUGAGCUCUGCAAUCGCAGGUGGUUUGGCCCAUUUGCACACUGAAUUCUACAAACUCGCAGAGGACGGAAGUAGCAAGCCCUGCGUGAGUCACAGAGAUCUCAACACGAGGAACAUUCUUGUCAAGCCGGACCUGAGCUGCUGUAUUUGCGACCUGGGUCUGGCAAUGAAGAUUUGUGGCUCAAAGUAUUACUCAAAUGAAGGAGAGCAGCGAGCAGAAACAAAGUCCCUCAAUGACGUGGGCACUUUGAGGUACAUGGCCCCAGAAGUCCUUGAAGGGGCUGUUAACUUGCGCGACUGUGAGAGCUCCCUGAAGCAAAUCGAUGUUUAUGCGCUGGGACUUGUUCUGUGGGAACUGUCAACCAGAUGCGCAGAUCUCUACGCACCCGGGCUUGAAACGCCACCAUACAAAUUACCAUUUGAACUGGAAAUAGGUUUGAGGCCAUCUUUUGAGGACAUGCAAGUUUUGGUGUCCAGGAGAAAAUCUAGACCACUUUUACCCGACAAGUGGCGUGACAGCCAGUGUGUACGUCUGCUGCGUGAGACCAUAGAGGAUUGUUGGGACCAGGAUGCAGAGGCGCGACUAACAGCCCUUUGUGUCGAGGAAAGACUUAAAGAAUUGCCAAUCAUCUGGGAGAGGCUUAAAGGUGGCAAUCUGUUCCAAUCUGGGAUCAGUCCCACAGUUAAUCUACCAACGCAAACCACAGCUACAAUCAACAAUAAUAACAACAACAACGUCUCCACUGUGGAAAACAACAAUAGUAAUAAUGUGCUGCUUGAUAAUAGAUUGAAUCUCACAUUCCCAGAUUUAGACGAUUUACGCACCGUUAGAAGAAACACUUUGGAUAAGGAUUUGCCUGGGUCGACUGUUUCGGAAGGCACGGUCGAGACAAUUGUUACUCUUUCACCGUCAGAUCCCCCACCAGUGAUUUCCGAUCCAACUUGUAAAAACGCUUUAAUGGCAAGCACCCAACCUGUUCUCCCAUCAGCCCUUCAGCCAUACCAAGGUAGAAAUCCAUGCCUGGAACGGAAUCUUAUGGUGAUGGAGCCGGCGCCACAGCUCCUGCAGAACGGCAUCAAGGUCAUGGAUUUAGACUCGGCCACCACAGAUGACUCAGCCAAUGAGUCCCACGCUCUCUUGUCACACGACUCUCUUCAGCACACCCCCAACACUGCAAUUCGCCCUGCCACCCCUAUUCCAUAUCUUCAGAAUGCCGUUUCGGACAGUGGAGGCGAGAGAGGCUGCCCAAAACAGUCAAAUGUGCCUAUAUCAGGACGAGGUUUAGCAUCUCAUUCAUCUUCCCGCUGGAGCAGGCUCUUUGGCGGGGGGUUGCGUGUGAAGCUGUUUUCGUCGGACACUAAUCGGAAGCAGCAGAACAGCGAGAGAGGCAACUCCCUUCUGCUGAAAGACGUGCCAUCAGGCUCGAACGCUGUGGAAGAGAAAACGUCCAAUCUGUCCAAGGUGGCCACUAGAGUAAGUCUGCAGCAGGGCACCCCAGUGUGCCGCAAGGACGGCAGUCCAUCACCGCCAAGGCCGUCGUCCCUCAAUCUUGGCUCUGCGUCCAACUGGCUAGUUCCUCCAAGUGCGUACAUCAAAACCCCGAGGUCCGGGACGGACAACUCUGGCCGCUUUUCGCUAUACGAGAACAAUUUGAGUGCGGCAAGCGGGCCAGAGAACAGAGCCACCUCAGUGCCAGAUCUUAACUGCUGAGACUUUUGGUGAUAGGAGAGCGUAAUCUCAUGUGAUGAGAAAAAGUAGGCAAGAGCCCUUUCAUUAUUUCACCAAACUUUCAGAUUGCAUUUCGAUUGCAAACAUACACAAGUGCUGUUCUGUGCUCACUCAGCAACAAAGCGGCCAAGUUAUCUGGGAUUCUAGAAUAAGGAAAUUUUUGAUCAUGUUGGUUCAAUUCUGCUGCUCACGCAUUUUGCCUCUAUUUUUGAGAUUAUUUAAAUUAUCAGUGAAAUUUUAUUUAAAAUUUUUAUUAUUUUUUAACUUAAAAAUUUGUUAUUUUAAGAAAUGAAAUUUGAUAAAAUAUUUGAUUUAUUGUGAUGUAAAGUCAAUAAGCAGCUAGCAAUAAUGGAAUCCGAGACUAUCCCAGGUGACAUGAUACUCUGUUGCUUUCAAUUUGAGAGAUUCUGCUUUAGGGAAAGUACACAAAAGAACAAUGGCUGACUGUGAUAGAGGGUAUUAUGAUUAUACAUAAACUACCUUGAAUAUGGUUUUUCUUUCUUUUUGAAAUUUCUACACUUAUGAUUUUGUAGUUAAAAAUUAUUGUAAAGAAAGAAAGAAAGUGUUUGUAAAAAUUAGGCCGUGUCCUCCACUUGAUUGCUAAGAGCCAUUUAAUGAAUUGCGAUCCUUUGCAAACGCUUGGAACAGUAUAUAUUUUUGCAAUCAACAAACAGAACAGUAAUUCGACGGUGAUUCCUGAAAUUUUUAUUUCAUCUAAUUUCAUCAGACACACAUAGAUGCAAGAGAGGGGGAGAGAAAGAGAGAGAGAGAGAGUGGAAGUGUAUUAAAUACGCUAACAAAUUUUAAGUUCCUGCCAUGCUGAAACAUGUAAAACUGGUUACACAUAGCAUCCACACACGCAAACAUACAUAGAUUGUUAAUUUAAAAAAAAUCCAACUCGAAACGACAAAAAAAUUAAUGACGGCUGGCGCAACAUCAUUCACAAACCAGCUGUUUAUAAACUAGAAAUGCAAUCAUGAAGGUUCAACUCAUUCUACUGUAGACUUAAAAUCACGGCAAGCUUAGUUUGACAUUCAAAUCUAUGACAUAAAUAUUAAGAAAUAGCAGCGCAUCACAGACACACACCCUGAUACUUGAACCGCUUCACUGGAAAGAUAGCAAAAAAAAAAUUGAAAACCCUAAUCUAUCAAUAAUCUCACACAGUUCCCACACUAUUCUAUAUUUUCCACCGCCUUCCAGUGUGGUUGAGUUAAUCUCUUUGUAAAAUAGUAGUUAUUCUUCUAAAUCCCAACACAAACAUACACAACCUACUGCUUAGAGUGCUGUUAAAAAGCAGAAACACAAGCGGAUAAUAAUGGUAAAAUAUUAUUAUUAAUUGCAUUAAAUAAAAUACACGCAUACACAAUGGAAAUAGUUAAUUAGCAGGUUAAGUUUUAUGUUUAAUGUAAAUCAUAAUCAAUAUUAAUUACAUUUCAUUAUCCUCGCCUCAAAAAUAUUAUAAUGUAACACGAUGUUCUGCAACCCGGUUAUUAUUACGCUGUUCGCUGUUGUAUGACAAUUCACGCCUAUUUGAAACCGCAGCUCUCAGAUCUUUCUAUCAUAUAUGCCUUUUUUACAAUAGAAUGGGGGAGUAACAAAAAAAGAAGAGAAUCAUUGCCAGAAAAGGAUCACUUUUUAGCUAGUCUUUCUACUUAUUGUAUUUUUUGGACUAUCGAAAGUGCUAUAUUAAAUUAAUGAAAAUUACUUUUUAAUUGAUAAUGUUUAAUUUGCUAUAGGGGAAAAAACUUUCCACGAAAUAAUGAAGCGUCAAAAAGUCUUUUUCUGUGAACUUGAAUCGGUUUAUUGGACCGUCAAGUGUCAAUUUUCCAUUGGCUCGAGCAAUGUAGAAAGAAAUUCAAAACCUUCGCGGAAGAAAGGGCACAUUCCAUGUUUCGGUAAAAACUUUCAGUAAGCACCAGAUUUUGCCCAAGGAGAGAUAAAGUAGAAGAAAGGUAACGUUUCUUCAAAGAACUGACUGGAAAAUUCGCAUAAACUGAGAGAGGGUGAAAAAAAUAUUGGAAUUUUUAGGAAAAAAUUGAGUACGAUCAUUACUUAUGGAGCUUUGAUCUCAGUUAUGAAAUAUUAAAAAAUUAAGGAGUUUUACGAAUAUUACAAAGUAAUCACGCUAAAAAAGUAAGAAUCUUCCUUCACCUUCCACUGUUGUUAAUAAAAUUGAAAUAUAAUGCGGUUCAGCAUUUAUAUGGAAUGGAAACAAAUUUGUUCAGGAUUUUGUUUGCAGCUCUGCAAAAAAAAAACUGCAAAUGUAUAUGUUAUGGUUUCGCAGAAUCGCAACUAUUAUGUAAAAUAAAAAUAGAAAUUCGGCUUUUUUAUUUUGUAAAUUUAAAAUAAUUAAGCAAGCAGGCGCGGUGAUCUAAGCAAAUUUGUGAAUGUACAAUUAAUGAGGCACGCGUGGUGGCAUGUGCGCCUCAUUAAUUCAAGACUGAACGGGUUAAGUGGCCUCUCGCAUGCAAGGAGCAUCGUCGAAAAUUGAAAAUUAUUGUAUUACUGCUCUCUUAAUUUAAAAUUAAAAAAAUAAAAUCGUUUCUGAUUUUUCCAAUUUGAGACAAGAGAUGAGAACGAGAGUGACCACCGAGUGCAAGGUGUGGCACAAUUUCAAUCAAAAUGUAAUGUAAAAAUUACAAGAGUUAUAUACAUGAUAUUCCCUAAUAUAAUAAUGUGAAGAACGAGUGAUGAGCGUCUGGUUUUGUUUUCGCCCAGAUUAAAUGAAAAUCGUUGAUUUUUUUCCUCCACCACCCGAUUGGCCUUGAUAACACUGUUUAAAUUUUCAACAUGGUUACAUAAAAGCUGAUUAGAAAAAUAACGAGCCUUUUGCAGCAACAAUAUUGAUAUUGGUAUAUUAUAUAUACAUAAAUAUUAUAAUCAUUUAAUUGCGACACAUUAUAAAUGUAAUGAAGAAGAGAUGCCUGUAUAUCGUUCGCUUCCUUUGUUAUAUUUGACGUUACAUUGUCCUACUUGACUAAGAAUAAUGAUACAAUGUGCGUAGUCUUCAAUUGCUUUUGUAUAGUGCUUCAGACUUUUAAUUGCUUCACACACAAAAAAUGAAAAUAAAAGGCGCAUAAUGUGAAAAUGAAAUAA